GCGGCAGAGGACGCUGAGUCACCUGACCCGGACUCUGGAGGUGCCAUGGCGGCGCCCGUGCUGCGCUGGGGCUGUCCUGGCACACGUUGGGCUUUAGCGGGGGUUGGCGGCGGUUUUCGCCRCCGAAGAGGGGCUUCGAUUGGGUCCACGCCCAAUCCGACAAGGGAACAGAGUACAGUGGCUCAGAAGCCCCUCCACACSGCCCAGAAGCUGAGGAAAGGUGAACACAAAUGGGCAGCUGUUGUAGGACUGGAAAUUCAUGCCCAGAUUUCCUCCAACUCUAAGCUCUUCUCUGGAUCUCAAGUGUGUUUUGCAGCACCUCCAAAUUCUUUGGUUUCUUUUUUUGAUGCAUCUCUGCCUGGAACUUUGCCGGUUCUCAACAGGAGGUGUGUGGAAGCUGCAGUGAUGACAGGCCUGGCUCUGAACUGCCACAUAAACAAGAAGUCCUCCUUUGACAGGAAGCACUACUUCUAUGCAGACCUCCCAGCGGGCUACCAAAUUACCCAGCAGAGGCUCCCGAUCGCUGUGAGUGGCAGCCUGGCCUACAGCGUCUGUGUAGGGAAGAAGCGGAGUCAGUUGGUCUCCAAGAGGGUGCGGAUCAAGCAGAUCCAGCUGGAGCAGGACAGCGGCAAGAGCCUUCACGAUGACCUGAGGGCCCAGACGCUCAUUGAUCUGAACAGGGCAGGAGUCGGCCUUCUGGAAGUGGUCCUGGAGCCCGACCUGUCCUGUGGAGAAGAGGCCGCAGCAGUCGUCAGGGAGCUGCAGCUGAUACUUCAAGCCCUGGGGACCAGCCAGGCAAACAUGGCAGAGGGCCAGUUGAGAGUGGAUGCCAAUGUAUCUGUGCAUCACCCUGGGGAACCCCUGGGCAUCCGAACCGAAGUGAAGAAUCUCAACAGCAUCAGGUUCUUGGCCAAAGCCAUAGACUAUGAAAUUCAGAGGCAAAUCAAUGAACUUGAGACUGGAGGUAAAAUUCUGAAUGAAACUCGUUCAUUUGACUGCAAGCUGGGGUGCACUGUGCCAAUGAGAGACAAAGAAGGAAAACAAGACUACAGGUUUAUGCCAGAGCCCAACCUGCCUCCCCUGGUACUCUACGAUAGCACGACUCUGCCUGCAGGUGCAGACUCUCAGCAAGUGAUCAACAUUGACCAGAUUCGGGACAUGCUCCCCGAGCUCCCCAGUGUGACCCGAGAGCAGCUCGUCCAGCAGUAUGGGCUGCUGCCUGAGCACAGCUUCACGUUACUGAGUGAAGUUGGCCUACUGGAGUUCUUCCAAAAUGUGAUAAAAGAAACUAGGGCAGAGCCAAAAAAGGUGGCUAGCUGGGUCCUCAACACUUUCCUGGGCUAUUUAAAGCAACAGAACCUGACCGUCAGUGAGAGUCCCGUCACACCCUCUGCGCUUGCUGAGCUUCUCGACCUUCUGGAGAGGAAAGCCAUUUCUUCAUCCGUCGCUAAACAGGUGUUCCAGGAGCUGUGGAGGGGCCAGGGGAAGACGGCUGCGCAGAUCGUGUCCGAGCAGAAGCUUGAACUGCUGCARGAUCCAGCGGCCCUGGAACAGCUGUGCCUCACCACCAUGGAGGAGCAUCCUCAAGUGGUGAUGGACGUGAAGAAGGGAAACCCCAGGGCGAUCAAUAAACUGAUYGGCUUGGUCCGGAAAGCCACCCUAAGCCGAGCAGACCCAGCCCUGAUAAAGGACAUCCUGGAGAAGAGGCUGUGGUCGUGAGGUGUGUUGGAGUCCCUCUGCCGGAGGAGGACAGCGUGGCCGGACAGCCUGUGAAAGCUGCGGUCCACGUGUGGUAGGAGCUGGGAUCUCAGUCCCUGGCUGGGCCACGCCUUGGAGAUGGCAGGCUUGGAGUCAUACGCCUGGUGCCUCCGGCAGAGCAGUAGCCAUGGCCACACCCACUGCCCACAGGCCCCAACAGCGCGAGGGGCUCGCAUGGCAAUAACACGCUCUGCUGGGCAGGGAGUGGAGCAGAAUAAAAGGCGUGCUGCUGCGCCAGGCCCUCCUCCCCGAACCUCACCUCGCUGUCCCUCAACAGCUGUCCUGGAGCCCAGCAUUGCAGAAGCUGGGGAUUAACAGUGUCCAAGAGAGACUGCAAUUUGGAUGCGGUGUAUGUAGACCUAAAAACAGGUUAAUGAAGACAAAAACAACAAACAAAUCAGUGCCGUGAAAUACAUUUGAUUAGGGAAGUCGCGAGACAGGAGGAAGGACAUAGCAAUUCCAUGUUCACUGAGCAAAGUAACAUUGCACAUUCACCUCCCUGGGGAUCCCCACGGCAAAGGUCUGAGAAUCAAAUAA